CAGAAACCUAGGACAGACCCCUCGACCCCUGGGUGGUCGUCCCACCCACCUAGACCAACUAGGGUGAGAGAGAGAGACAGAGAGAGACACAGAGAGAGAGACAGACAGACAGACAGAAUAUGACUACCAAUCACUAUCAGAAGUGGUUACAGGUGCAACACAACACACUUCAGACCUCACCCAGCAUGGGUGACUUGAAACUUUCAACCAGAGAGACAGUGAAACACUGCUUUCCAGCAUGUCUGCUUAUGACUGGCUAUGACCAGCCGGGUCUCAGACCUCUGAAAUAGGUCUAAUUUUAGCCUCAUUGAUGAUGGCUCCAUUCAUGAAAAAUAGUGACAGUAAAAUGGCCUCAAAAAUAAUUCUCACAGCUGUAUAGGUUCCACAUCUGCAUAUUUCUUCAGUCAACAUUACAAAGGAAAAGUUAAAAAUAAGACACUCACUGAAAAUUCUUGACUUAUAAAGCACAAAACAAUCUCACCACAAAGUGUUAUUUUUAACACUUUAAGGACUUUUUGUCUACAUUGGUUAAAAGCAUUCAAUCUCCAGAACAGCUACUAAGACAACAACAUGGACAAGAAGUCCCUAAAGUGUGUAGAAAAUUGGGGAAGCAUCUAUUUUUCCAUGACAACUGGGAACGCUAUCUGCUGAGGAAGAUCAUUUGAUAUGUUUAAAAGCUCCAAAACAUCCCUUUAAUCAUCUGUUGCCCUUCUAAGUGUUUUUAACCCUCAGGGUGGGAAUCACUGCUAUAAAAUGUUACUCUGCACUCCGUUCUGGUCAAAGGUCCCACAGACACAGUGCUGCUCAGUUCCUCUGUAAUUAUGCCAUGCUUAAUUAAUGCAUCAUAUCCAUAAUCUUAUAUAAUUAUGAUAUAUAUCUUGUUAAAUUGGUUUUGACACACAGAUGUAUUACAUUAGUUGCGUCCACAGUCUUAGUACUUUCUCUCAGCAGACUGUGUACACCAUGUUUUUAGGGAACAAGGGGAGACCUUCAGCAGCUUAUCAAAUGUGGCAAAUUACAUUUCCCAUGUUUCAUGAGCCAACGCUUAAUGUGAGGACCUUCCUGCUCUCCAACAAAACACUUUUUACGUGCCCCUGGGAUGACAAUGGGAAUGCAGAGUUUUUCCUACCAAUCAUGGGAACCUGAGGAUAGGCCUGUAUUUCCUGGAAUGCGGCCCAUUAGGAAAGAGAUGGAGGGAACACAGGAUGUCCUGAGCACUGUGUCCCACAGCACACUGCAGUGUGGAGAAAGCACAGAGCCCGGCUGCUUGGCCAGAGCUGGUGGAAGACUUGUUCACAGGGAUUUUCUCCACAUCACCACUUCCCCUGUUAAAUACUCUACCACGAUGGACUGGGAUUCCCUACUCAGGUUUUCCAUUACACCUAGUCCUACCAUUGUUUUCUUUUUUCUUGCAGACAUCUGUCAAAUAUGACCUAACCUGUCUAAUACCCCUUGGUAUGCAUGUGUGGGAGGGUCAGGGUUACCCUUAAAGUCAGGAAAUACAAUAGAUUUGAAUCAAUAUUUGGUUACCUGCAUGGACCAGCUAAUAUUAAUUAUUUGUCUCUUGUGUAUAUUUUGACACCUUUCUCCCUGAGGUCACAUGUUCACAGUUACGCAGUUAUUUGAACACGUCUCUGCCACUAUUUCACACCAGCAAGCCCGCCACCUCCUCCCUCUGGACACUCUCCAGCCGUCUUCAGAGGAGAGCUGAUGAUAUCACAGGGAGGGCGGGGGCAUGUGUGUCUAUAAGUACAGGCCCCGCACAGGGAAACCUCUCUAUGAAGCGGAGCUGAGCUGUGCUGAGCUGUGCUGACACUUAGAUACUGUAUAGGAGAUCAGGCAAGAGCAGACGGGUGUACCUCUUGGUGCACAGACUCUCAACUGUGGAUACGUUUUUAAACUGGAGUUGAAAGACAAGACUUUUCCCCUCUUGGGACAGUUGAUCUGGAUAACUUCUUCCUUCUUACUUCCUGUAUUCCUUUUGAAGGUUUUUACCAGUGUCUUUUGGUUUGCCUGCUGUAGUCAGGAUGCUUAGCCCUGUUACUUUGCAGCAGAUCGUUUCCACCCUGUUUGUGCUCGGUAGUGCAGCAGUGAUGUCAAAGGUUGAGUGCCCGGCCGAGUGCUCCUGCACCCCCUCGCCCCUGCUGUGCCCACCAGGCGUCAGCUGGGUGACUGACCACUGUGACUGCUGUAAAGUCUGCGCCAAGCAGUUCAAUGAGGACUGCAGCGCCACCGAACCUUGCGAUCACAUCAAGGGGCUACGCUGCCAUCUGGGGGCUGGAGGAGACCCUGAGAGAGGACUGUGUCGAGCUGAGGCCCAGGGUUUGCCUUGCGAGUUCAGCGGGCGGGUGUACCAGCACGGCGAGGACUUCCAGCCCAGCUGCCAGCACCAGUGCACCUGUAUGGACGGGGUGGUGGGCUGCAUGCCCCUCUGUCCUCACCAAGUGCCCCUGCCCGAGUGGCGCUGCUCGAGGACCCGGCUGACCAGGCCUGAGGGCGGCUGCUGCGAGGAAUGGGUGUGUGACGAUGACAACCACAUCAGUCAAGAGCCAGACGAGCUGACACACACCCCCCUGCCAGACAGCCAGCCCCUUCCCAACCACAUCAGUACCCUGCUGCAGGUCCAGCUGCAGCCUCUGCACCCAGCUGCCACCAGAGGGGCCACAUUCAGAGAGAUGGCAUCGGUCCCCAUGUCUGAGGUGUUACUUGAACACAGCUGCUUCCCGCAAACCACAGAGUGGACCGAGUGUUCCACCACAUGUGGGAUGGGCAUUUCAAGUCGAGUGACCAAUAGUAACCCAGACUGUCGGCUGGUCAGAGAAACCAGACUGUGCCAGAUCCGGCAAUGUGAGCUGCAGCUUCCUGUAGCUAGCAAGAAGGGGAGGAAGUGUCAGCGAACUGUCCGCCCACAGGAAGAGGUCAGAAUCACCUUCGCCGGAUGCUCGACAGCACAGCGGUACCGCCCUCGCACUUGUGGGACUUGCGCUGAUGGCCGCUGCUGCACACCCUCCCACUCUCGCACUGUGAGGCUUCGCUUCCACUGCCCGGACGGAGAGGGCUUCUACAGAAACGUCAUGUGGAUCCAGCGCUGCAGCUGCAGUACAAGCUGUCGCACACACAGCGGGCCCUCCAGCCCUUCAGUCAGCCUCCACAACGACAUCCACACCUUCAGGCACUGAGGCUGACUCAUCACGCUCAGCCCUGGCCUGGCACACUGGGCAAAGACUCUGCACCCCCUCCCCCUGGGUGAGCUCCUGUCAGCCCCCUCCUCCUCCUCCCUAACCAGGCAAUACGCUCGCUUGCACUUUAAGCUUCCUGCCACGAUGGCAUCAGUUUGUCCACACUAGAGGUGUGUUAGCUCUCUAGUACCAGGGCAGCACUGAGGACAACACACUGCAGUGUGCUAACUGUUGGCAGACAGCUUUUACUGAAACUUCUUUUAUUUAUUUGUGUCCUCUCCACAGAGGGCCACAUGACAGUUGGCUGUUUAGACCAGUAACAGACGGAGAACAUUGAUGAGUUGUGAUGGGAUUUAUGGACAUGCAAUUUAAUUAAUGAGGAAGAACUAGAUGACAUAAGACAUAUACGUUAGUGACUAUAGGAACUAUGUGUUCAUCAUUGCCUGUCCUUUGUCAUACAAUGUUUCCUACAUAUGUAUUGAUUGUGGAAUUCAUUAAGAGUGUGUGUGUGUGUGUGUGUGUGUGUGUGUGUGUGUGUGUGUGGGCUUGUUUUACUACAUUUGUGGGAUCCGACAGCUUUGUGGGGACCAGAAUGCUGGACCCAACCAGUUCAAAGGCCUGUCUUUUAGGGUUAGGGUUAGAAUAAGGUUAGGGUAAGGGGCUAGAGAAUGCAACUUGUCCCCAGAAAUGUGUGUGUGUGUGUGUGUGUGUGUUGGUGCGUGUGUAGGUGAAAGUGUACUGGUAUGUUAGAAGAAACAUAACUUUUUUGUUUACAGAGAAUGUGCUCAUUAUGCUACUACAGUAUAUAGAUUAAAGCAUAUAGUGUACAUAGACUUCACUCUUAAUUGUGGAGUGGUAAAUUCUAGGAUCACCUCAUUUUACGGGGUGUGAUUUUAUUUUAUGUUUUGUGUGUGUGUCCUUCACAGUGUACAUACAAUGCUUUAUUCUUAGGGAAGAAAUUAUGCUCUAUAUUUAAGACAUGUUACAUGUGUCCAUUGGAUGUUUUUGUCUGUAGACUUCUGUACAUCAAAUAAAAACGUAUCAACCUAUAA